GUGAGCGCUAGUGCGUCGCAUCGUGCUCCUCUGCACACCACAAAAUCCAUCAGCAAGAUCCUUCCAGUUCCAGUUCUCUUCUCCGCGCCUCAUCGAAGCGAAACAUCAAUCGCCGACGAACCUGCAUGGCCGCGACGCUUCGAUCCCCCGUUCCGCCUUCUUCUCCGUCUUCCUCCUUCCCUCUCGCGUCGCCUCCACACGGCCUGCCCGCUCGUCUAGCAGCUCCUCCGAGACGGCGGCGGAGGCGGCUCCCCGGGUCCGCUUCCGCCUCCAGAGCGUCGUGGCAAGAGCUCGCCGGCGUUCUGGUGUUCUCGGCGAUUCCGUUCACGGCGGUGAAGGCGAUCGCCAACAGUCCGUUGGGAGAAUCGCUGCAGCGGCGGAUGGAGGAGAGGAAGAAGGUCGCGGCGGAGAACUCGUCCAAGUUCCGGGCGCUCGCUGAGAAGGCGAGGAAAGAGAGUUCAUGGUACGGGGAGGACCGCCCUCAAUGGCUUGGGCCAAUCCCAUAUGAUUAUCCGGCAUAUCUUACUGGUGAAUAUCCUGGCGAUUAUGGGUUUGACAUCGCAGGUCUCGCCAGGGAUCCCACUGCUUUUGAGAAGUUCUUCAACUUCGAAAUACUGCAUGCACGCUGGGCUAUGCUUGCAGCACUUGGUGCUCUUGUUCCUGAAGUAUUAGACAUAGUGGGAGCUUUUCACUUUGUAGAACCUGUCUGGUGGCGAGUUGGUUACUCAAAGCUGAAGGGCGAUACACUGGACUACUUGGGGAUACCUGGACUCCAUAUAGCUGGAAGCCAGGGGGUGAUUGUGAUAGCUAUAUGCCAGGCCCUUUUAAUGGUUGGACCAGAAUAUGCGAGGUAUUGUGGCAUUGAAGCUUUGGAGCCUCUAGGAAUUUACUUGCCAGGCGAUAUUAAUUAUCCAGGGGGAGCCCUCUUUGACCCCUUGAACCUGUCCAAGGACCCAGCAACUUUUGAGGAGCUGAAGGUGAAAGAAAUAAAGAACGGGCGCUUGGCUAUGGUGGCCUGGUUGGGGUUUUACGUCCAAGCAGCUUUGACAGGUAAAGGACCCAUACAGAACCUACUCGAGCAUAUCUCAGAUCCGUUACACAAUAAUCUUUUCUCGGUGCUUAAAGGGAUGUAAAGCAUUAGUCCAAACAUGUAAAUAUCACGAGUUGAGGUUUUCAAGUGGACUUAUACUAGGGAAUAAAAGUUUCUUCUCGCUUUGUGGCUA